AGUAUAUCUGCCCCCAAGGAGCUUACCAUCUAAAACCAAGAUCACUAUCAUCCAUGCUAGAAGAGAGCUCAUAUUUCACAUGCCUAGCUAGAAACCAGAAGAGAAGAGUAAUCCCUGAGGCUUCAAUUUUAUCAGUUGGGUUCUGUUUUCUUUAUUUUAAAAUGUAUGUAUAUAUCUGAAACAAAAAUGACAAGUAUUAAUAUAUGUUAAUUCUUCUUGAUUGGAUGCAUGCAUUUUUUAUACCAUGUAUAUUUUUAUAUGUAGGUUUUAAACUUUAAAACCUUGAGACUCCUUCCUUUUGGGGGUCUCAGAACAGUGGAAUCCCACUUCAGAAUGGGAAGGAUCCUGAAGAGUCCUUUGUCAAAGUCUGUGUGAAUUCCUGCUAAGAGAUCUUCCAGCCUCUGUUUGGAUAUUUUCCAUGUUGGGGAACUCACGGUGACCUGAGCUAACGAUUCCACUUUCUCUCAUUGUUAGAAGACCUCUUCCUUGCAUUAAGCCCAAGUCCAUAUACCUGGACCUUCCCCCACUUGGCUCCACUUCUAUCCUUUGAGGUGACUCACAACAGCUCUGCUCCCUCCUCUACAUGCAGCCCUACCAAUAUGAGAGGGCAAUCAUGACUCCUGACUUCUCUGUUCUUCGCUAUCCAGUCUACCAAAAAUCAAAAAGCACCAUGUACUGAGUAAAAGUCAGGAGCCCUCCCUUUGGUGCUAGAUUAAAUACCAUCAGAAGAGGUACUGAUGUGUUUCUUCCCUUUGGGCACCCAGAGAGAAGACAUCAAGAGCCUGUUGCCAUGCUUCUUAGACAGCUUAUGUGAAACUGAUGAGAAGAUCGUUUUAUUGGCCAUCCAGAUACUCCUGCACCUCGUCACCACAAUGGAUUUCACCACCCUGGCUGCCAUGAUGAGAACCUUGUUCUCCUUAUUUGGUGAUGUGAGACCUAAUGUUCAUCGUUUCUCCAUGACCCUCUUUGGAGCUUCCAUAAAGUCUGUGAAAUACACAGAUAAGAAGGGUGUAGAGAACCAAGUCCUGGACAGCUUGGUCCCACUGCUUCUGUAUUCUCAGGAUGAAAAUGAUGCAGUAGCUGAGGAAAGCAGGCGAGUCCUAACUAUAUGUGCCCAGUUCCUGAAGUGGAAGCUACCUCAAGAGGUGUACUGCAAAGAUCCCUGGUACAGCAAACCUAGCGAAGUUGGAACAAUCUGCAAAUUCUUUGGAAAAAAAUGCAAGGGGAAAGUUAACAUCCUAGCCCAAGCAUUGAUGUACUCAAAAAAUGCAAAACUUCCCAUCAGAAGAGCAGCUGCCCUAUUUGUAGGGCUCCUAUCAAAAUACACAGAUCAUGAUGAGCUCAGGAUGAAGGGUACUGACUGGAUAGAGGAUGAUCUGCGAGAUCUCCUGCAUGACUCUGAGCCAUCUGUGCGCAUCAUCGCCUCCCAGGCUCUGUUCCGAGUUCAGAAGGUGGCAGCUGACCCAGAACCCAGGCGGACAGUUUGCAGGUUGAGGAAGCUCUUGGGCUGCCUCCCUACGUAGGAUGCAAGGCAAGCAACAUCAGAGAGAAUCAUCCAUUUAGAGUCAGAGGACUGCUCUUUAUUGAACCACCUCAGCAAUUUGAGAAGGACUGAAGAAGUACUUAUUAACAAGCCUAUUUAUUCCAAAUAUCUCCAUGAUUUUUAUACAAGGCUGUCCUCAGAGAUAUGUUUAUGUUUUUAUGAAAUGUUUUAAAUAUUCAAAGCAAACAUUUCUGGACAUUUAAU